AUGUUGACGACCGCCACCAACCGAGCCCUCGCCUUGCCUGAAAUUGUCUUCGAGAUCCUCGCCUGUCUCGAAGCCCAAGCAGAACUCUGCCCUCAGCAAAUCCAGGCCUCCCUCCGCGCCUGCUCUCUCGUCAGCCGAACCUGGUUCUUUGACGCUAACGUCUUCCUCUACCGCGCCCCCUAUAUUCGCCAUGGCCGAGGAUCCGAGACAAAGGUUAAUACCCUCGUCCGCACCUUGACCACCACCAACCGCGGUCUCUACGUUCGCUCCCUCUCACGCUGCAAGCUUGAGCUCUGGGAAUUGUUUCCCUCGCUCGAUAAGCUCUUUGAGCCUUGCCCUCGUCUGUCGUCCAUCUCCCUCUGCUUCCGCUCUGGUGAGAAGGGUCAUCUGAUGGAACCCUUCGAGACUGAGGCCUUCCGCACCUUGGACACGACGAUUGCCCAGGGAAUGGCCCACAUCCAGGAACUCGACCUGACCAGCGUCUCGAUCAACUCUGUCGAUAAGGACGACACGACCUAUGCCGAUGCCGCCUUGAAUUGCAUUAGCGCAUGCACUCGUCUGCACAAACUAGUCACCACCCGAGCAGAUUGGUCCAACAUUAGGACCAUCUCGAAGCACUUGACUGACCUCAGCAUCUCCUUCCUGGCCCCACCCGACCUCAAGACCAGUGUCGCCCUUGCCCCUUCGCUUGUCAACUUGACCAGUCUCCACCUGCACCAUGCGCCUCAGGCCAUUCCCGCCCACGACUUUUCGCGUGUCCUAGCCCAGUACUGUCGAUCGCUUACCAAGCUGGACAUCUGUCCCGAGUCGAUCAACCCCCAGUCACUCGAGACACUUGUUUUGCACAACCAGGGCCUGGUUUCGAUCUACCUUCGAAACUGCCCCGACAUCUACACCGCCGCCGUCCUGAAGCACCCUCCCCAGAAUCUCGAAUUUUUCGACAUGGGAACUGUCGAUUCUCAAUUGAUCCUGAUGGCUCUGGCGCUCUGCCCCAAGCUGACAUCGACCGGCAAGUCGUCUCCCCGCGACAACAACACGGUUGAAUUCUGGCAGAGCUUUCUUGAAAAGGCUCGUCAGAUCCAAGAGCUCCAUGUGGAGCGCUGGUCCGAUUUUCACAGCAAGGACCUCUUCUUCAACACCGUCUUGCCCAAGCUCGGCCCCCAGCUGGUCCGUAUCUGGUUCGGCUGGCGUGAUCUUUUGGGAUGCGAUGAACUCGAACAAGUUCUUACCUCGUGCGACCGUCUUCAGGUCCUCCGUGCCCCUGUCAAGGGCAAUGGCCAGAAUCUCGUCCGUUGUUUCAAGGUGGUUGCGACCCGCUCGCGCCUGCGUGAGGUGCGUCUCUUUGGCGACAAUGUCAAGUUUUGUGACGACGACAAGAGACGCAUGCAGCGCUUCCUCCCGGUCCUCUGCAGUUUCAGCACCUGA